AUUCCUUUCCUGCAGUCUGUCGACUUGCACCACGCUCCUUACCGAACGAUACUGCUGUGGGAAAAGAGAAGAGGAGGUCGGUGAACGAAGGAUACCACUGAGACUAGGACGAAAGAGAUCAUUAUUACGACCUCGAUACACGCUUCGACUACGAUAUUCACGGCCACGCCUCGACGACCAUCAUGGCGACUUUAGACUCCGCCAAUGGCACCUCCGCGACCCUCGCACCCGCCUUCAUCGUCUCCGCUCCAGGCAAAACCAUAGUCUAUGGCGAACACGCCGUCGUACAUGGAAAAGCCGCCAUUGCCGCCGCCAUCUCUCUCCGCUCAUACCUCCUCGUCACCACACUACCCAGCUCCUCCCGCACAAUCACUCUCCGCUUCAGCGAUAUCGGGUUAGAUCACACCUGGGACAUCGCAGAUUUACCAUGGAAAGUGUUCGAACAGAAGAGGAAAGGAGACAAUGACUUGAUUACUGCGUUGGACCCGGAGCUCGUAGAGGCCAUGCAACCACAUAUCGAAGCUGUAGGGAAAGGUGAGGAAGAAGGCGAAAAGAAGAAGAUCCACCAGGCUGCUGCAUCAGCGUUUCUAUACCUCUUCUUAUCGCUGGGAUCUCCUUCCCACCCAGGCACAAUCUACGCCCUCCGCUCCACAAUCCCCAUCGGCGCCGGUCUCGGCUCCUCCGCCUCUGUAUCCGUCUGCAUCGCCACCGCCCUCCUCAUUCAAUCCCACACUCUCUCCGGUCCACAUCCGGACCAACAGAGCCAAGAAGCGGAAGCACAACUCCAACGCAUCAACCGCUGGGCCUUUGUCGGCGAAAUGCUCAUCCACGGCAACCCCUCCGGCGUCGACAACACCGUCGCCACAAACGGUCACGCAGUAUUAUUCCAACGCACAGAUCCCAAGUCACCACCCAAAGUCGAAAUCCUCCGCGAAUUCCCCGAGCUCCCUCUCCUCCUCAUCGACACCUGCCAAGCGAAGUCCACGGCGGCGGAAGUGGCGAAAGUGGGCGCGUUGAAGAAACGACAUCCCGCGGUCGUGGAGGGAGUUCUCUCUUCCAUCGACGCGAUCACGAGGAGUGUGUACGAGAAGAUCUCGGAGGCGGGGUUUGACGCGACGGAGGAGAGCGGUAUCGCACAUUUGGGAGAGUUGAUGGAGGUAAAUCAUGCAUUAUUGGCGAGUUUGGGAGUGAGUCAUCCGAGGUUGGAGAGGUUGAGGACGCUGGUGGGUGGGAGUGGGGUUGGGUGGACGAAGUUGACGGGAGCCGGGGGUGGAGGAUGUGCGAUUACGUUGUUGAAGCCGGGCGUUUUGGCUGGGAAGGGUGGAUCGGGCGAUGCGCUGAAGGAAUUGGACGUCAUGUUGGAAGAGGAGGGGUUCGUCAAAUAUCAGACUACACUGGGUGGAGACGGCGUGGGAGUCUUGUCUCCGGCUGUGUUGAGAGGGAAGGAGAUUGAUCUGGAGGGUUUUCUGAAGGCGGAGGGCAGGGAAGGCGUGGAGGGUCUCGUGGGUGGGGAGGGCGGAGCGGAAGGUGAGGGAUGGAGGUAUUGGAGACCGUGA